UUGAGUACUGAAUCACCCUAAAACACGCACUUGCAAUCCUGCGCCCUGGCCAUUCCACCACCCAUUCUACACAUCUUACGAAAGCCAACCUCUCACCUGCGAAGCCACCACCUGGGAGUGAUCCUGCACAGCCCAAAUCAUGGAGACCACCCCGGCGGAACCAAACCCAAUUUGCUUCUUCGAUAUCACUCUUGGAGGAGAACCUCUUGGGCGAAUCAAGAUGGAGGUCUUCAAGGAUGUCACCCCGAAAACCGCGGAGAACUUCCGCCAAUUCUGUACUGGCGAGACGAGGAACAACCUAGGACGACCACUCGGCUACAAAGGCUCCAAGUUCCAUCGUGUGAUCAAGGGCUUCAUGAUCCAAGGUGGAGAUUUUCUCAAUGGAGAUGGAUCAGGCUCGCAGACCAUCUACGGCACCACCAAGUUUGCCGACGAGAACUUCAACUUGAAACACGAUGCCCCUUAUCUUCUCUCCAUGGCUAAUGCCGGACCAAACACCAAUGGAUGUCAGUUCUUUAUCACGUGCGCGCCCCAGCCCAAUCUGGACAAAAAGCACGUAGUCUUUGGCAAAGUUGUCGAGGGCAUGGAUGUCGUGGACAAGAUCCAGAACACAAGAACGAACCCAGGUGAUAGGCCCACCCAGGACGUGGCUAUUGCACAAUGCGGAGAGAUGUGAUGGACUCCUGAAACGCACGCGGGCGCUUCGAAGGUCCCAACCAACCAUCGGCCUCGACGAAUCGAUGCAGCGCGACGCCGCCACCAGUUCUCGAGGCACAUAGGAGCUCUAUCUGGGUUCUACGUGCUAGAAUGUUGGCGUCGAAGCCUCUAGAUUUAGUAUGCAUCAGGAGUAGUCCACGAGGAAACCCCGUGACCCAGACCAAAGAGAUGUGCGGUUCAAUUGGAAUUAACCUUGGCGCCUUCGCUAUACAGAACCUUUGCCAUAUCAUAUAGACGACUGGAAUGAUGAAUUGGGAUCCUAUCAAGUGCAUCUCCCGAGACAUACGAGUGAAUCAGGAAGACCUGCAUCAGGACCGUCAUGAAGAGACUAUCUUGGCUGUAGUUAGUGUUUAGAGCCGGCCAUUAUCCCUUCACGCCCUUCGUAGUGCACCAAUCAAAAUCUCUUUCGCCUCC